AUGGAGGACCUCAUCGACCAUUUGCCUAAACUACCUGAAAUUCAGCAGCAAAAACUAACUAUUCCUGAAUUCGACGAAAUUGAAGUCAAAGCAACUGACUCAGUAGAAAUUAAGAAAUUCAUACGUAAAGUAAAUUAUGAAUUCCUUGGUUUUCAUUGCAACCAUAAAGUUAUGGACAAAGAUUGCGACAUGGUUUAUAAAAAUAUUUUUGACCUUUACAAAUCCGAAGAAUUUAAGACAUACGAUAACUUUGUUUCAUUAGUUGCAAAAUGUGUAUGGCAGAUAAGAGAUAAAGAUAGAAGAGGUAAGGUAUGGCAUGAACAGAUAAAACCAGCAGAUUUUGAGUUAAAGAAAACCAUUGACGCCUUAGUUGUUCUAGCUGGUUUUAUUUCAAUGUAUAACGCAAAAACGAUGCCGCAAUGUUCAAAAUGUAAAGCAGCAAUAAGAAAAUAUAACUACUCAGUCAAAGAGAUAGAAAGAAUGCGAAACGACUAUGCAGACUUAAAGAAAGAAGCAGAAAAGCCAGCAGAAGAUAAAAUGGAUAUGUUGACAUUUCUUAAUAAAAACUAUCCAACAGCAGAAGAUUUCCUUCUGUCUGACGUCAAGAAGAAAUAUAAAGAGACUUUCGGCAUGAUUAAAACAUUCGAUGUACUAAAAGAAGAAAUAGAAGCUACGAAAUUGUUUAGAAUCUCACGAAUUCAUAACGUUUACCAUGUAAAACGGUUAUAA